CGUAAUGCCUCUUUGCCUUGUUUCUUUGCAGUGUUGUACACAGGAAUUCAGAGCCAAAGUGCAUAAAGUGUCAGAAGCAGAAUCUCAACUGUCAAGAUGACAAAUUCUAGCAGCAGCCCCGGCUACUGCCCUCUCAUCCAGGCCAUGGUGAACGCCAGCGUACCCUCCAACUCCUCGGCUGAGGUGGGGGCUCUGAGCCUGGCCACGGUGUGUCUCCACGGCCUGGUCUCCUCCUUCGGCAUCCUGGAGAACAUCAUCAUCUUGGGGGUCGUGGGUUUCCGUGUCCGCCGUACCGUCAUCAGCGUGUGGAUCCUCAACCUGGCUGCCUCGGACCUCCUGGCCACGGCGUCACUCCCCUUCUUCACCAUCUUCCUGGCCCGCGGAGCUACCUGGACCCUGGGAACCACCUUCUGCAAACUCCACUCCUCCGUCUUCUUCCUCAACAUGUUCGUCAGCGCCUUCCUGCUUGCGGCCAUCUCUCUGGACCGCUGUCUGGUGGUUCACAAGCCCGUCUGGGUCCACAACCGGAGGAACGUGCGGCUGGUCGGCAGGGUAUGUGGAAUCAUCUGGGCCCUGGCUGUGCUCUGUACGGUACCGUACUACCUAUUCCGGGAUACUAUUCAUCGGCAUGACGGGCGGAUCAUGUGUUACUAUAACUACGCCCAGUAUCUCCCUGUUAGGGAGUUUGACCUAAAAGAGCUGUGUGAGGCACGCCAGGAUGCCCUGGCCUUCUCUAAGCUCCUCCUGGCCUUCAUUCUUCCCCUGGUGGUCAUUGUGUGGAGCUAUGUCUCAGUGACCAUUAGUAUCGCGCGGCGUGGCCGCAACCGGCACCCUUUCCGCUUCGUUAGACUAGUGGUAGCGGUGUUGAUGAGCUUUGUGGUCUGUUGGGCUCCAUACCACGUCUUCAGUGUCCUGGAGGCUGUAGCUCAGUAUCGACCCUCCCUCCGGGGCCUCGUGGCCAGCGGCCUGCCCCCCACCGCCAGCCUAGCCUUCCUCAACAGUGUGCUAAACCCCAUCCUCUAUGUGUUCAGCUGCCCGGACCUGUGCCAUAAGAUCAGACAGUCCUUUGCGGCAGUAAUGGAGAGCGUGCUGGCGGAGGACCUAGGGGAGUGGUCACGGCGACAAAGCACGCAGAGAUCUUCCAUCAGUACCUCAGAGCUACUGCUGAAGGGGAGGAGGUCCCUCAACAAUGCCCCCAGCCUGAGAGGAAGAGACUCCAGGGUGGAGGAGGCGGCGGCACAGAAGACGAAGGAACCACACCCUGCUAACUGAGGUGGUGUUGUGUCAAUGACGGUUCCGGUGCCAAAGCCAGGUUCGCGUCUAGGUUCUGCAACAGUGGGAUACAUAAUGAUCCAUUUAUAAAUCAUUGCAUUUUGAAUCCGUGUUAUGUACAGCAUACACCCAGAAGG